AUGCAAGUUGGUCCUCAGCCCCCUGCAGAGGCCCAGCCUUCAGUCUACCAGCCCCAGAGGCCCAGCUACCAGCCUUCAGUCUACCAGCCCCAGAGGCCCAGCUACCAGCCUUCAGUCUACCAGCCCCAGGAGCAAAUUCGGAAACCCAAGCAAAACUCCCAGAAGCGUCCUCAAUCCAACCCCAAUGCAAAAGAUUCCUUCCAGACCAAAACUGGCAUGUGGGAUUUUGUCUCUCCCCAGAAUGGAAGAAGAUUUGAGUCUGGUAUUGCUUCAAGUCGGGGAAUUGUUAUGCAAGCUGGUCCUCAGCCCCCUGCAGAGCCCCAGUCAUCAGUCUACCAGCCCCAGAGGCCCAGCUACCAGCCUUCAGUCUACCAGCCCCAGAGGCCCAGCUACCAGCCGUCAAGGCCCAGCUACCAGCCUUCAGUCUACCAGCCCCAGAGGCCCAGCUACCAGCCUUCAGUCUACCAGCCCCAGAGGCCCAGCUACCAGCCGUCGGUCUACCCUCCCAGGCCCCAGCAGCCCGGCUACCAUUCCACGUCCCAGCAAGUGGUGAUUCAAACACAACCUGCCAUAUGGCAGUUCUUUUCUGCUGAUGGAGGCUUUUCUGAUCCUAAGGUGGCGACCGGCUCCCCAUCCAAGCACCAGCAACUUCCUCAAACCAACCCCAAUGCAGAUGGUGUCUUCCAGACCAAAGCUGGCAUGUGGGACAUUUUUUCCCCUAAUGGUGGAAGUUCUGGUCCUGAUGUGCAUCCCGGGUACCAACCCAAGCCCCGGAAACCCGGCUUCCCGACCAAGCCCCAGCCUCAACAAGGGGUGCUUCAAACCAAAGCUGGCAUGUGGGAUAUUUUUGCCCCGGAUGGUGGCAGUUCUGGUCCUAAUGUGCAACUGGGCAACCCACCCAAUCCCCAGAAACUUGGCUUCCCACUCAAGCCUCAACAAGGGGUGCUUCAAACCAAAGCUGGCAUGUGGGAAUUUUUUUCCCCUGAUGGUGGCAGUUCUGGUCCUAAUGUGCAACCCGGAUUCCCAACCAAGCCCCUGCAGAUCGUCUUCAAGCCCCAGAAGUCUGGCUACCAGCUGAAGCCAAAGCAGGCUGGCUACCAGCUUAAUCUGAAGCUCCUGACAUGGGUAGCCACUUCAUCUGGCUAUCUGCCCAAGACCCAGCUGGGGGUGCUUCAAACCAAAGCUGGCAUGUGGGAUAUUUUUGUCCCGGAUGGCGGUGCCGGUCCUAAUGAGCAACCCGGGUCGCCACCCAAGCCCCAGAAACCCAACUUCCGACCCAAGCCCCAGAAACCCAGGUUCCCGCCCCAGCAGGGAGUGCUUCAGACCAAAGCUGUCAUGUGGGACAUUUUUUCUCCCGAUGGUGGCAGUUCUGGUCCUAAUGUGCAACCCGGGUCCCCACCCCAGCUCCCGAAGAUCGUCUACAAGCCCCAGAAGUACGGCUACCAGCCGUCAGUCUACCAGCUGAAGCCAAAGCCCAAGCAGCCUGGCUACCUGCCGUCCAUCUACCAGCUUAAGCUAAAGCCCCCGACUGGCUACCCAUCUUGGUCUGGCUACCUGCCCAAGCCCCAACUGGGGGUGCUUCAAACCAAAGCUGGCAUGUGGGACAUUUUUUCCAAUGAUGAUGGUGGUUCUGGUCCUAAUGUGCAACCCAGGUCCACGUCCCCAGCAAAGCCCCAGAAAACCAGUUUCCAGCUCGAACGAGAGGUGCUUCAAAUCCCCGAUAAUGUGCAGCCCAGGUCCCUAUCCCCGACCCAGCAGGGGGUGCUUCACACCAAACCUGGCAUGUGGGACAUUUUUUCUUCUGUUGGCAUUUCUAGUCCUAAUGGAAAGCCUGCAUUCUCAUACCAACCCAUCUACCAGCCCCAGCAUCCCAUCCACCAGCCCCAGGAGUUCAUCCACCAGCCCCUGCAGCCUGGCUACCAGCCAUCUCUCUCGGUGCACCAGCAGCCCAUCCAGGAGCCCAGCCACCAGCCCCAGGAGCCCAUCCACCAGUCCGGCUACCAGCCCAAGGAGCCCAUCCACCAGUCUGGCCACCAGCCCAAGGAGCCCAUCCACCAGUCCGGCCACCAGCCCCAGGAGCCCAUCCACCAGCCCCAGGAGCCCAUCCACCAGUCCAAGGAGCCCAUCCACCAGUCCAGCCACCAGCCCCAGGAGCCCAUCCACCAGUCCGGCUACCAGCCCCAGGAGCCCAUCCACCAGUCCGGCUACCAGCCCCAGGAGCCCAUCCACCAGUCCAAGGAGCCCAUCCACCAGUCCAGCCACCAGCCCCAGGAGCCCAGCCACCAGCCCCAGGAGCCCAUCCACCAGUCCGGCCACCAGCCCCAGGAGCCCAUCCACCAGUCCGGCCACCAGCCCCAGGAGCCCAUCCACCAGCGCCAGCUAAUCGGAUUUCAAAGCAAAGACGGUAUUUGGGAAUUCUUUUCUCAGGAUGGAAGGGUUUCUGUCCCUGAUGUUUAG